AUGGAUCUCGGCUUUGAGAUGCUGCUGGAGACGGGCGGUCCUCACCUCCCGCACAGCCAGCACACCACGCAUAGUCCGCUGCAUACGCCGAAGCCAAAGUGCGGUGGUGACAAGGAGAUGCAUGGGGCUUAUGAUUUGCCGUUGCAUGUUGCGGGACUCUUUCUUGUGUUGGCGGCCUCACUGUUGGGUGCUGGCUUCCCAGUGAUUUCGAAAAAGGUGUCGUGGAUGCGAAUACCCUCGCGCAUCUUCUUUGCGUGCAAGCACUUUGGCACUGGCGUUUUGAUUGCGACUGCUUUCGUUCAUCUUCUUCCAACCGCCUUUGGCAGCCUGAAGGAUCCUUGCUUGCCCGACUUCUUCAUCAAGACGUAUGCGCCGUUCCCUGGCGUAGUCAUCAUGGCGUCUCUCUUCAUCCUGUUCGUCAUUGAGAUGUGGCUGAACCAAAAGACCGGCGGGCAUACACACGGCGGCCCAACUGGUGCCGGUAUCAUCGAAGGUGUGCGUCCCGGAGCGCUACCUGAAUCGCGGACAUCGUCUCGUGCCGUGUCCAUCUUUGCUGGCUCGCCCAUGAUCAUCACGCCUCCCGAACGCACCAAGUCGCCUGGAUCCGAGUCCAAGGAUAGCCCCUUGAAAACGAGCUACACUGUUAGCGUCAACGGCAAGGAUCUCAGCGACGAUGAAGACCGUCGCUCCCAGGCGUCAAUGUGGGAUAACAACGGCAAGGCUGAGAAGGGCUCUGUCGACGAGGAGUUUGACGAGGCGCACUACAAGAAGUUGGCGGCCAACAUUACCCUGCUCGAGGGCGGCAUUCUCUUCCACUCCAUCUUUGUCGGCAUGACAAACUCCAUCACUGUCGACGGUUAUGUGAUUCUUCUUGUCGCUCUCAUCUUCCACCAAAUGUUUGAAGGCUUGGGCUUGGGCACCCGUAUCGCCGAGGUACCGUACCCUCAGCGCAGCGCGCGUCCUUGGCUGCUUGUUCUUGCUUUUGGCCUCACUGCGCCUAUUGGCCAGGCUAUCGGUCUCGCUGCUAGAAACACAUACGAUCCUAACAGUGCAACUGGCCUCAUUGUGGUGGGAAUGUUUAACGCCAUCUCCUCUGGCCUUUUGAUCUACGGCGCCGUGGUAGACUUGCUUGCGGAAGACUUUCUUUCCGAGGACGCUAUGCACUACAUGUCGUCAAAAAAGAAGGCUGCAGCCUUUGUCUGGGUUCUUGCUGGUGCUAUCGGAAUGUCUGUUAUCGGCGCUUUUGCGUAAUGCCUGACGAGAUACAAGAUUUAAUGACUCUUUCUUUCUUCAAAAGUUUCCUGUGUAUAGGGGAUCUACAUUUUUCUUUUCUUUUCUUCCCUUUUUCUGUACUUUUCUUUUAUUAGCGUAA